GAUUUGGCUUCACCUCAAUUUUUUGCUUGUUUUGUUCUAACGCUUCAGCCUUUCCUCGUCCGUUUGCAUUCUUCGUUCCAUACUUUUUCUCCCCUUGGCAGCGAUCUGGCAUGAGCAUGUGGCAUGAGAUGAAGUGAAAUGGAUAGGGAUUCUUGUGAUUCGGGAGUGCAGACAUCAUCUCGCUGUACCAGUGAAGGAGACAGCGGGGAGCAUGAAGAUGAACAGGCUAUGUGCGGGUUGACGGAUUUGGUAUCGAGCUGCCUUUCAAAAGCUGGUGGUGGACAUAGUCGAACGAGUAGCGGCUCCCAGCAGCCCCAACCAUUUCUGAGAUCGAGCCUUUUCCCUGGAAUCCCACCGACAAUACGAUUCUACGUCAAGGGAACGAAAGUGUCAAAGCCGAACAAGAAAAUAACUAGCCGUUUGACCUGGUGUCACAACAGUCUUCUCCCCAUUGUCAUGCGACAUUGUUUGGCAGCCAGCCAUUUUACGGUUGUUGACGAAUCACUGUUUUACGUAGGCUAUUGGGGAAGACAUCUGAAAAGCAGCCAGUACCGGUCCUUGAAACCUCAUCAAAAAGUCAAUCACUAUCCUGGAGCCUUCCAUAUCGGCAGAAAAGAUCGCCUAUGGAUGCACAUUGAAAAACAGCAGCGUCGUUUGGGUGAACAUGUGUACGGCAUCAUGCCUAAAACGUAUUUGCUGCCGAAGGAUUUUGAUAAUAUGCGUGCCUAUUUGGCUGCUUCACCGUCGAACCAUGUCAUCAUCAAACCGCCGGCUAGUGCUCGUGGUAGUGGUAUAACGGUCACUCGCAAAAUCAGAGACAUUCCAGAUAAGACACAGCUGGUUGCGCAACACUAUGUGGAUCGACCUUUGACCAUAAAUGGUGCCAAGUUCGACUUGCGCUUGUACGCAUAUGUGCCUUCAUUGGAGCCUUUGCGCAUAUACAUCUAUGAAGAAGGUCUUGUGCGAUUUGCCAGCGUUCCCUAUUCGAAGUGUACGUCGACUGUUUCUAACAAGUACAUGCAUCUAACCAACUAUAGCAUUAACAAGCUCGCUGAACAGGAUGGAGUGACCGAUUCACCAGUACCAAAAUGGCGUCUUACUGAUCUGUGGAAGUAUUUUGAGAACGAUGGCAUCAAUGCGAAUGCUGUCCGCGAGCGUAUAGAAGAUGUGAUCAUCAAAGCUUUCAUUGCUUGUGAAAAACCUAUUCGAGAUCACAUGGUCCGACAUAUUCACUACGGAUUUAUUUGCCACGAAUUGUUCGGCGUAGACAUUUUGCUUGACGAGGAUCUUAGGCCUUGGCUUCUGGAGGUCAAUAUUUCGCCUUCUUUGCAUUCCGGAACGUCGCUGGAUGUUUCUGUAAAGGCACCAUUAGCAAAAGACGUGCUAAAUAUGGCUGGCAUUUGCGUUCCUCCUAGUCCUGAUCAGCUGGCUACGGCAGAUUAUAGCACGAAACCUCGCAACUGGCCGAAGGAGGAGGAGCAUGUCCAGAAGGAAUCUGCAUGGACUGCUGCAUUUUUGGAUGAAGGUCGGCUAAACCGGCGUAUCCUCAAACGUCUUACUCUUGAGGAUAUAAGGACACUAGCCGAAUUCGAAGAUGAAUAUCGUAGACGCGGUGAUUUUCGUUUGAUAUUUCCGACAGCAGACACAGCCUAUAUGCAAGAAUAUUUUGUCCAACCUGUGUAUGCGAAUCUCCUGUUACAACAAUGGCAAAUCGAGCAAGAAGCAUGUGGUCGCGAGGACGGAAUUGCUCGACUAGAAUCGCUUUGUCGACAGUGGUUCGUCCGAAAUCACGACAGUGAUGAAGAUUGACAGAUUAAUGCUUACCUGGAAAUGUAUCUCACUUGAAUCUCUCAAUUGCCAAGUUUCCACUUUUCAUUUGCCUUAUCACGGUCCGAAGGCCAUUUGUGAUAUAGACUGUUUCAGCCUUUCUUGCCUUAUUCACUUCGUAUGCGAAUCUUGAAUACUUAGUUGAAAAGCAUGUUUUAUAUUCUAGUGAAAUUUUGUCAGCACGGUGAAGGCUAAUCGGCCUUGAAAUCAAAUAUACAACCGCCUUGUAUGAAUGGUGCUGCCACAUCUUCCAUAAGUCAAUAUUCCCAUCGCUCAGGUCUCAUAAGGAAUGCUACCUAACUUAGCUCGGCUUUUUAGUAAAAGACUUAUAUUCUG